AUGUCGAUUAAUACAGCAAAUACUCCCGAUGGACGAGGUGUUCUGAUUUAUAAUGGAGAGGUCAUACUAGUUUUUGGACAAGGCGUUGUUUUGUCUAUUGGGAAGAAUAACAACGACCAUCUGGAUGGCAAGUUCAAUGGAUCGGUUUAUUUGACUUCACAUCGUGUGAUCUUCAUGCCCGAUGACGGCAGACGUUUCCGAUCUUUCGAAAUGCCUUUCUCCUCCAUGCAGGAUGUGCACUUAGAACAGCCCAUUCUUGGUGCGAACUACCUGAAGGGCGUCGCUGUUGCUAUGCCAGGUUCGCAGCUGAACGGUGAGAUCCCGUGGCGUCUAACGUUUAACAAGGGAGGCUGUAUUGACUUUGGUCGUUGUCUACUGGAAGCUGUUGACAGGGCGGAGAGGUUCCGUCCUGCAAAUGCACCUCCUGCAUAUGCUCCUCCCAGUGGUUAUUUCUAUGCGGCUCCUCCUGAUUAUUAUGCUCCAGCAGCUGACGGUCACAACGGUCUUCGUCCUCCUACACAUGCUUUCCCGGAUCGUCCACAGUCCAAUACGGUCUUCAUGUGUGAAGCUCCUCCUCCAUACCCAGGUGUAGGACCAGAUCGUCCUCCGAUGCCUACUGAACAACUUCAUCGUGCUGGAACUACUUCAACCUCUACGGAAUCUGAAAAUGAAGGAUUGCGCAAGAGACACUAA